GGUCAAAUAUUAUUAACAAAAAUAAUUUUGUCAGAACUAAAUUUGCAAAACAAACUUUGGUUAUCUAUAAACGUUGCUUUUGACAACAACGAGAAGCAAAUAUAAGAUGCAUAAUCGCGUUUAUAAAAUAAAUUUCUAGGACGCUUAUAGAUUAUAAAUGAGAAAUCAACGACGCGUGCAGAAAGCGGAAACGUUUCCUUGGGGACGAGCAAACAAUUACAUACAGUACAUAGCGAUUCGGCGAAAACCGAAGAUAAUGGAUUGCGCAUCAACAACAACGUCUUCGUUUCCUUCAAGAUUCACAAUAGACCAGUGGCAUCUUAACAAUCAGUUCAGAUAUCAAUGUUCCGAAGCGCAACAAAAAUUAUCAGAACGGCUCUUAGCCGACGCGGCGCGUGCGUGCGACUUUGCUACGGAAAUUGCGAAAGUUAAUAAAGAGGAAACGGAUCAUCAACUGAAAGAAAAGCUUAAUGAUAUCGAGUUUCGCAAGGAGGAAUUGCUGCGGAUUAGAAAGGAUCUUGUCCUGGAAAUUGACGCGCUCCCAGCAUACAAAGAACGCAUUACCGAUGUACUGAAAAUCGUCAGAGGAAAUGCUAGCACAAUUUGUAAAAAUUGUCUUAUCACCAGAGAACGUAGAUUGGGAGUUGACUUGGUUCACGAUGACGUCGAGAAAAAUUUGUUGAAGGAACGAGAAACAAUCCAAACAGCUGACAAUUUCUUAAGUCGAGUAUCGGAAGAAACUUGCGAACAAAUUCGCAAAUUGAAGGCAACAUUGCAUUGCAUCGAUCGUGACCUCGAAAACAAGAAGUGCAAUUUAUGCAUCCAUCGUCAUACUAUGUCUUUGAAAGAAACUGAUUUUGAUUUGAAUACUCAUCGCGAUGCUCAUUUGCAUCGUGACAAAUCGUGUGGAGAAAUAUUAGUAAGCGAAUGGGAACAGCAAACGAAUGAUAACGUUAACGGCGCAAGAAAGGAAGUGGACGAAACGAAACGAUUGCGUUGUUACAUCGAUACAAUAAUUAAGCAAACAAUCGAUGAUCUAAAUAGACAAAGGAUUAUCACAAACGAAGCUUUCAAACAACGCAUAGAAGAAACUCGAAAGGUUAAGAUCAAGAUGGAACUUCAGCAUUCGGAGAUAGUGAAGCAAAUUGAUGCUAUGUCAAACAAUAUUGCACGUAUAAAAAAGUCUAUAGCUGACAAGGAAGGUUAUCUAGCUCUGGCUUAUAUCAGAAUAGAUCAUCGAUGUCAACGUCCAGAAACGGAGCUUACUCAAGAUUUAGUUGAAGCUAAUCUCGUCAAGGAGAUACAUGAAUUACGAAACAUCGUGGCAAAUCUGCAACAAACGCUUUAUGAGGCAGAGGCGUCAUUACGUUACUUGCUCAAGACGCAGAUUAAACUUGCGGAAGACAUUAACGUGAAGAUGAAUACCUUAAAAAUUGACGAGGUCGAAUGUCUAACUUUGCGUCAAAGUCUGGAUUAUUCGUGCAUAUUGAAAUGUUACUAUUAAAACGCUUUCUUAUUUCGCUUUCUCUUUUUUGCGAUGUCUCACAAUAAUAAUAAAUCAUU